UCUGUUUACUAUUUUUCAUUUUCCCUUUCCCCCAAACUAAGGAAUUUGUUCAGUUUUAGUAUUUGCCUGCGUCUCUUCAUCUUCCUCUUGUUUUCCGUUGCAAUCUCAUUGCCAACUUGUACCCGGAUAUUUCCAAUAUUUUUCCUCAUAGGAAUCAGAUUCCGGCUUUUUUUCAAUUCCACUUAACUUCUUUGCUCACUCCUCCAGAUGCCUAUAUAAUUCCACCAUGAGAAUUCCCAAGAAGCCCGUUGCUUUUUGCCUCUCCAUCUUCUCCCCCGACUUUCCCGCUCCCUGUUCCUCCCGUAUUCUUCGCUUCUCCUCUGGAUUUCCCGCCAAAAUUAAACCCAUCUACGCUGCAGGGUUUAAUCAUUCAAACUCUCACUGUUCAAAGGACCAUAGUGCUGGGACCAUGCUAGGUGACAAAGCAUCACAAUCUCAUCUCAUGGCCAACAGAAAUGGUGGUGAGGAACCGCGUGUAUGGUCGUCACAUGAAGGCGGAUGUAAAAUUGAUAUAGGGAAACAAAUUUUCUGCAACAGGUCACUGAAUAUGAGGAAUAUUGUUGCUGUUGGCUUUGAUAUGGAUUAUACCUUAGCUCAAUACAAACCUGAGACUUUUGAGUCUCUUGCUUAUGAAGGCACAAUCCAAAAAUUGGUAUAUGAUUUGGGCUAUCCUCAAGAGUUACUAGCAUGGACAUUUGAUUCAAAGUACAUGGUUAGAGGGUUGGUUGUAGACAAAAAGAGAGGCAACAUCUUGAAGAUGGAUCGACAUAAGUAUGUUAAAGUAGCAUACCAUGGGUUCAGAGGGUUGUCCAAGGAGGAUAAAGUUGGUACCUAUGGGAAUACACUCAUACGGGAUUCUUUUGAUGAGCCAGAUUAUGCCCUUAUUGAUACACUCUUUUCACUAGCUGAAGCAUACAUGUUUGCUCAACUUGUCGACUUUAAGGACAAUAACCCUGGAAAAGUUCCGGAGGGAGUUGAUUAUGCCUGCAUGUACAAAGAUGUUCGUGCUGCUGUUGAUUUGUGCCACCGUGAUGGAACUUUAAAGCAAAUGGUUGCAAAGGAUCCUAAAAGGUAUAUUAAUGAGGACACCUCUAUAGUACCAUUGUUCAAAAUGCUAAGGGAUUCUGGCCGUUCAACAUUCUUGGUGACAAACAGUUUAUGGGACUACACGAAUAUUGUAAUGAACUUUCUCUGUGCGUCCCGUACAUUGGAUGGUAGUUCGACUUGCAAUUUUGAUUGGCUCCAAUAUUUUGAUGUUGUCAUCACUGGCAGGUUUAGUUUCAUCCAAGCUCAACAUACUGUGCAAAACCUGGCUUCUUCCAUGAAGACAACCGUGCCAAUAUCUUUGAGGUUGAACCCGAAUCUGGAAUGCUUCUCAAUACUGAUAAUGGAACUCCUAUGCCCCAGGUUGGGUGAAGUGGGAAAUACAUCACCAAAUGUGUUAUCAAAGGGAUUAAACAAAAGUUGCCGAGUCUUCCAGGGUGGCAAUGUGGCUCAUCUACAUAAGUUGCUUUCUAUAGAGUCAAGUUCGCAGGUUCUUUAUGUUGGUGACCAUAUCUACGGAGAUAUUUUGCGUAGCAAGAAGGUUCUUGGGUGGAGAACAAUGCUCAUUGUUCCGGAGCUUGAGAGGGAGAUUGAAUUGCUUUGGGAGUUCAGAGAUACGCGAAAGCGAUUAAGGUUGUUGAGGAAUGAGCGUGAUCUUGUCGAAGAUCAAAUUCAUCAUUUGACAUGGUCUCUUAAAUUUGAGAGACUGUGUGAUGAUGAAAAACAGAAAAUGACUUCAGCUCUGGGGGAACUGGAGUCUCAAAGGGAUCAAGUGCGACUUGCUCAUCAACAGGCUCAACGGGAGUGUCACCAAAAGUUCCAUAAGAUCUGGGGACAACUCAUGAAGACUGGCUACCAAAACUCUCGCUUUGCUCAUCAGGUGGAGAGAUUUGCGUGUCUAUACACUAGCCAAGUCUCCAACUUAAGCUUGUAUUCCCCAGAUAAAUACUAUAGACCAAGUGAAGAUUUCAUGCCACAUGAAUUUCAUAUUCUUCCACUGUGAAAUAAAUUCUUAUUUGGAGGCUUAAAAACAAAGCCUCGACGUAUUCUGCUAUUCUUGCCCCUGCAAUACUGUAUUUAGUUUACUCAUUUCUCUUAUCUGUUGAUUGGAAAGGUAUAUAUCCUUCUACUUGUACUUCUACUCAUGGGAUCCCCAUACAAAGUAGAUGUAUUUCUUUGAACGU